AUGGACCAACACGCGACCACCGAGCACGAUCCCAUCCAGCUCUCGCUAGACGCCGUAACGCGCAGGCUACACCGCCCGGCUUUUCUGUCCAACCUAACGCCGUCGCGCCUGCCGUCGCGCGCAGCUUCAGAUUCCAGCUUGUCUCCAGGCGAGGCUCCAGGCGCCCCACACAUCGCCGAGGCACGGUCCCUCCCUCGCGAUCGUGGCCACUCCCAUCUGAACAUCGUCACGCUCGAGGAUGCCGUAGAAGAGGCCGACUUGGUGCUGCCGUUGCUACAGGAGCCCUCUGCCGACGGAAGCACGUCCGCCAUUGAUGCAAACGUGCACGACUACCUCGAGGCUGCAUUUUGGGGUGCCAGAAACACCUACUCCAGAAUGGCAUCCGCCGGCUUCCAGACGUUUGCCCAUGGUCACCAGGACCUGGUCCUUGCCGUCGAUUUCAACUAUUUUGGCACGCGCAUGGUGACUGCCAGUUCCGACCACCGUCUCAAAGUCUGGGACAAGAAAGAAGAGUCCUGGUCGCUUGUUGAGAGCUGGAAGGCGCACGAUGCUGAGAUUGUCGAUGUCAAAUGGAACGGCCCUUUCAUGGGCGAGGUCGUCGGCAGCAUUGGAGAAGACGGCCGCUGUAAGCUCUGGCAAGAAGACGUAACUGAGGUACCCAUGUCGGGAAAUCGCUUCAAGCUCAUCACGAACCUGGCGUCGCAGACCAACGCGCCUUUCAUGUCGCUCGACUUCAAAAAUAUCAUGCAGGAGACCUGGCUCGCACUCAUCACCCGAGACGGUCUCCUUCUUGUGUACGAGCCAACUGACCAAAGCAACCUCAAUGAAUGGGGCAUCAUAGCUGAGACCUGGGUGUGUGGAAACAAUCCCCCUGAGCGGCAAGAAGAGGUCGGGUUCAAAGUUGCCUUUCACAAGGAGAAGCUUCCCUGCUGGACAGCCAUCAUGGCAGGCUUGGAUCGUAAAUCUCUUGGUCUAGCUGUCGCAGCGAUGAACAAGGUUCUUGUGUUUAGGACUGACAAAUCCAAACGGUUCUUCAAGGUUGCCGAACUCGAAGGCGCGAGACAAAUCAUACGCGACGUUGCUUGGGCCAAUGGCUCUAUGAGGGGUUACGAUGUUCUCGCAACGGCCAGCAAGGACGGGGCUAUACGCAUCUACGAGUUGUCGACGCCUCGCUCAGAUAAAAGCCUUGCUGCCGGCGCAUCAGCUUCGACCACUAUAGAUACCAUUUCUUCUCCACAGGUGAACAAGUCACGGGCCCCUUCUGGCAUCGGAGCAGGAUUGGCUGGGGUAUCGAAAGGCCCAGAUCCAUCUCAGGACCAUGAGCAAGGCCCAGGGCGUAUCACGCAAACAGUAAAGCUUGUAGACGAGCUUAACAGUCAUCAAGGGGCCGUUUGGCGAGUGGCUUUCUCACAAAUGGGUGAUCUACUUGUAUCAACUGGGGAUGACGCCGCCAUCCGUACCUGGAAGAAGGCCGUCAAUGGACAUUGGCUUGAAUACUCAGAGAUCGGAACGUCAGGCGACAACUGAACUCUCGUGUCCUUUGCGCGCCACUCUUUUCACGUGCGCCGACACCGUAUGGCUUUUGCAUAUUCCCGGGCUGAGGUAUCUUGGCAUGGCGUUCAUGGCUGGAUUUGGACCUGAUCUUGACUUCCACCCUGAGUAGAAGUCACAUCCUGCUAGAUACCCUUUUACCAUUGUCGGGAAUCCGACCGCUCUCGUACCUCGUUGCGGAGCACAUUCAAUAGAGAACUUUCUCCAAGC